AUGGCGGCGAUGAGAUACAAAGGAAGCGUUUUUAUCACUAUCAUCUUCUUCUCCAUCGUCUUUCUUACGUGCCCACUUGCUCACUCUUCUUCUACAAAAUCGUUCUUCUGGUUAGGAGAAACAGAAGCUAUGAAAGCCAUGAAAAAGGACAAGGAGAUUGAUGUUGGAUCAGCUAAUGAAGUUGAAGAAAGACAAGUUCCUACUGGAUCCGACCCUCUCCAUCAUAACCAUAUUCCCUUUACUUCUCCAUAGAUUGAUUCCAUUAAUUUCUUUUAC